AUGAGCAUGGUUUCGAAGCUGGUUUCUGCCAUAUUGAACGAAAUCGCUUUGAAUGCAAUCCAGUUUCCGCACGACACCAGUGUUUUGCUCGGAGAUGACGUGACGGCGUCGCCUUGGCGGCGCUUCUUUUUGCAUGCUACCUAUGAGCCGCUGCACAGUGCGGAUGCCCGUGAGAAACUUUUUGGGGGACCCUAUAACAUCGACGAGGAG